GAUAACAAAAGAAAAGUUAUCAAUAUUUUAUUGUAAUUUUAUUGAUGAGGUAAGGAGCAGAAAAGCAAAGAAAGAGGGAGGACGACAACAAACCUGCCCAGCUAUUCAGCUAACUCUCUUCUUCCCCUUUCCUUUCUCUCUAUUACAUGGUCCCUGUUUGCUUAUGCUUCUGAUCCCGCGGGAGCCCGAAAUUUUCAACCCCAUCCAAUCAGAACCUAAGGAUUUAGGAAGGGCAUGGCGGCGGGAGAAGAUGUUGAUAUGUCAAAUUUGAAGUCUCAGCUAAAUGAAACUCAUGAAUUGUGGAAGUUGGAGAUGGAACGAGGACAGUCACAAGUGGAUGCAUUACAAGCGAAGCUUAUGGAGGUAAAGGCUUGUAUAAAGGGGUCUGAUGAAGAUGUGAAGAAAGAGUUGGAGGUUCUUUGGCGAAGAGUGCAAACCACUGCAACAUUAUUGACCUACCUAAAAUCAAAAGCAAGAAUCAUGGCUGUUCCUGAUUUAGCUCAUACAUCAUGUGGCAUCAAAGAAUUAGAAGGAGUGGGGCUUGUUGACAAGAAUGGUGCACCCCUUUCUAGUUGGUCAAGGACUGUUGAUCUUUCUUCUUUUGACAGUCCAGAUGAUGAAACAUGGAUUAGACUUGGUGCGCAGCAUGGUAGUUGUGAUGAACAAGAUGAAGCUUAUAUUGGUGAAUUGCUCCAGUCUGUGCAGAUGGUAACUGUUGUAAUGGAAGCUCUUGUGAAAAGAGUUCUAAUGGCAGAAUCUGAAACUGCAAUUGAGAAAGAUAAGGUAACAUUUGGUCAGGAAGAAAUUAGGAAGAAGGCAAUCCAAAUUGAGACCAUGUCUUCAAAAUUAGAGGAGAUGGAGAGAUUUGCCCUUGGAACAAAUAGUAUUCUUAAUGAGAUGCGCCAGAGGGUUGAGGAUUUGGUUGAAGAAACAUCAAGGCAGAGGCAAAGAGCUGCAGAAAAUGAACAAGAGCUUUGCCGUGUUAAAAGGGAUUUUGAGUCGUUGAAAUCAUAUGUUAGCAGUCUCAUUAGUGUAAGAGAGACACUUCUUUCAUCGGAGAAGCAAUUUCAAACUAUUGAGAGGCUUUUUGAACGGCUAGUUGCAAAGACAACUCAGUUGGAAGGUGAGAAAAUGCAGAAAGAGGCUGAAGUUCAGAAACUUAUGGAAGAGAAUGUGAGGUUGACUGCUCUCCUUGACAAGAAGGAGGCCCAACUCCUGGCAAUGAAUGAACAGUGCAAGGUAAUGGCGCUGAAUGCUUCAAAUUUAUGAUUUGUUGGGCUAUCUUAUUCAACCUUCUGGUGGCUUGUGGUGGAUGGAUAUUUCACGCAAGCCCAAUUGCCAAUCACCCGGAGAAGAGUCGGGAAUUGAGUGAUGCUGAAUUGAGCAUCUUGGAUCCUUUUCGCAAAUUGUAGUACUGUGAAGAGCUCAGUGAACAUGUUUAGUUGUACCAUUCUUGUGCUGUUGGAAAACCCAAGCCAGAAAGCAUUAAUCAAAACAGUUGUUCUGUGUGAAUGGAAAUUUGUGUUAUUAAUCAAAUAGUUGAUGACUUGUGCA